UGGGAAGCGACUAAGCACCACAACAACCUUUGUGAUUUGACAUGUGUGCCAUGCCAUGCUACAACCAAACCCACUUUAUCACAAAAUCAUAAUCAUAAAUAAAUUAAUAAAUACUAUGUAUAUGGAUAUGCAUGCCAAAUUCUCAUUACUCUGACAUGUUGCAAGCCCAACUGUUUCUCUGUUAUCUAGUUCCAAAUAGAGUGUUUUUUCUUUAAUUCACAAGAAAUUGACUUGAAGUGAAGUGCAGACCAUGUUCACAAAGUUUGGAAAGUAAAAAGUUAUUGAGAUUUUGUUGGAAAAAGUUGGUAGUUCAGAAAUUCAUUUAGUACUGCUUGAGUGUAUUCAAAGGAUCGGUUGUUUUUCGAUGCAAACAUCUCAAGAACAUGAACUUCCCUAUGGCUCUGGCAGGUUCUACAUCGAGCCUGCCCAAAACCCGGAGUCAUAUUGCUUUCCAUCAAGUGAGAACCUAGAAAACUACUCUUCCUCUGAUAACAGCAACCAUGCAACCUACCCAUUGGUCAAGAUUUCGGAUCCAUAUUGCACCCUUGAAUCUGCUUCAACAAGUAAUAUCCCAUGCCAAAAUUCUGCAUCUACAGCCAAUUUUUCGCCUAAUGGUAGCCCGGUGUCAAAGCUAGAACCGAAAUCACAUGUCUUGAGGCCACAACAUUCUCUCGAAACUACUAAUGGCUCACCGGAGAUAAAUUCUUGCUUGACACAUGACCUUGAUGAUCUGAGGGAUAAGAUAAGAGAGCUCGAAACUGCUAUGCUGGGGCCUGAUACAAAUACACUAAAUAUGUAUGAUAUUGUGGUUCCGGAACCAGAAGAACCUGAUUCCUUUUUGGUGGCUGCAGAGAAGUGGAAGAAAACAAUGGAGAUCAUAUCCAGAGGUGAUUUAAAGGAGAUGCUUUAUACUUGUGCAAAAUCAAUGGCGGAGAACGAUAUGGAGACUACUGAUUGGCUGAUAUCAGAGUUGCGUAAAAUGGUUUCGAUUUCAGGUGAUCCUCUGCAACGAUUGGGAGCAUACAUGUUGGAGUCUCUUGUUGCAAGGAUGGCUUGCACAGGAAGCAAAAUCUACAAGGCCUUAAAAUGCAGUGAGCCCACCGGCAACGAACUCCUCUCAUACAUGCAUGUACUUUAUGAAAUAUGUCCAUACUUCAAGUUUGGGUAUAUGUCGGCGAAUGGAGCAAUUGCCGAAGCUAUGAAGGAGGAAAGUCAUGUUCACAUAAUUGAUUUUCAGAUUAGCCAGGGAACUCAGUGGGUAAGCCUAAUUCAGGCUCUUGCCGCACUUGCACAGUCAUGUAAUGUACCUUUUGAGUUCCAUGCUGUCAGAGUUCCUGCUUCUGAGGUGCAACUAGAAGAUCUUGAACUUCGAACUAAUGAAGCUGUGGCAGUGAAUUUUGCCAUUAUGCUGCACCAUGUUCCGGAUGAAAGUGUUACCAGUCUAAAUCCUCGCGACCGGUUGUUGAGAUUGGCAAAGAACUUGUCUCCCAAGGUAGUGACUCUAGUUGAGCAAGAGUUUAGUACUAAUAAUGCUCAAUUCUUGCCGCGUUUCAUGGUGACAUUAAACUACUACUUGGCUGUUUUCGAAUCGAUUGAUGCCGUCCUGCCAAGGGAGCACAAGGAGAGGAUCAAUGUUGAGCAGCACUGCUUGGCUAGAGAAGUUGUCAACUUAGUAGCCUGCGAAGGGGAAGAAAGAGUGGAACGGCACGAGCUUCUGAAUAAGUGGAGAAGGCGUUUCACCGCUGCUGGAUUUGCGCCUUAUCCGCUGAGCUCCUUUGUUAAUGCUUCAAUCAAGACCCUUUUAGAAAGCUACCCUGGACAUUACACUCUAGAAGAGAGAGAUGGCACACUUUAUCUUGGUUGGAUGAAUCAGGUUCUUAUUGUCUCUUGUGCUUGGAGAUGAAAACUCUUAAUAGCAUUUGGUACACUUUUUUCAUUGCAGACUUAUAACUAGGUUUAUGUUUUCUAAUUUCAUAGUGAAGUUACUGUUUUGUUAAAUGGCAUCCUAGAUUUUAUGUUAGCAAUACAAGUAACAGCAAGGACUAUUAUGCUAACAAAGUAUAAAGGGAACAGUUACUGCUUGUACCUACAUAGACAUUUCAUCACACAAUUCACAACUGCAUCUCUAGCAAAUAUCCUGAAACUACAGCCCUUCUGACAUUC